CAAAAGGGAUAAAAAGUGAAGAGGCAUAGUGAGACAGAGCACAGCUCUCUCUCUUUGUGUCAAGAUUUUAAGUAAUAAUCUGAAGGAUUGAACAUUGAGACUUAUUUUGACUUUAUUUAUUUUCAACCUCACUGUCCUAUAGGAUCUCAACUGGAUUCCUUUCAUCAGACUCUUCUUCUCAUUUACCUGUUUCAUUGCUACUAUGAUGUCUGUUUGGCUGCUGUCUCUUUUUUGCAUGGAUUUUCUUACAUUCUCAUUUCCAGAGGGGCUGAAGUUUCCUAGUUUUGAUGGAAAGGACAGAGUCAUUAAUGUAAAUGAGAGGAAUUAUAAGAAGGCAUUGAAGAAUAAUGGCAUGAUGUGUUUGCUCUAUCACAAGCCCCUGCCUUCAGAUAAGGAGCUCCAGCAGCAAUUUCAGAUAAGGGAGAUGAUACUGGAGCUUACUGCUCAAGUUCUAGAAGACAAGGAUAUUGGUUUUGGAAUGGUAGAUUCACAUAAAGAUGCUAAGGUGGCAAAAAAGCUUGGUCUGGAGGAGGAGGGAAGCAUCUAUGUGUUUAAAAAUGAAAGAAUAAUUGAGUUUGAUGGGGAGCUCUCUGCAGAUAUACUUGUUGAAUUCCUGUUGGAUUUGUUAGAAGACCCAGUUGAGCUGAUUAGUAACCCCAUGGAGCUGCGUGCCUUUGAGAGAAUGGAGGAAGACAUACGCCUUAUUGGUUACUUCAAGGGUGAAGACUCAGAAUAUUACAAAGCUUUCCAGAUGGCUGCAGAAAAGUUUCAACCAUAUGUGAAAUUUUUUGCCACUUUUCACAAAAGGGUGGCAAAACAGCUUACUCUAAAAAUGAAUGAGAUUGAUUUUUAUGAGCCCUUCAUGGAUGAGCCUGUUAUUGUUCCUGGCAAACCCAAUUCAGUAGAGGAGAUAGUGGACUUUGUUAAUCAACACAGAAGGCCCACUUUAAGAAAGCUGCGAACUGAGGACAUGUUUGAAACUUGGGAGGAUGACAUGGAUGGAAUCCACAUUGUUGCCUUUGCUGAGGAGGAGGAUCCCGAUGGCUAUGAAUUCCUGGAGAUUUUAAAGGAAGUUGCAAGGGACAAUACUAAUAAUCCAGAUCUCAGCAUAAUUUGGAUUGACCCAGAUGAAUUUCCUUUGUUAACGACCUACUGGGAGAAGACCUUUAAAGUGGACCUUUUCAGACCACAGAUUGGUGUAGUGAACGUGACUGAUGCUGACAGUGUAUGGUUAAACAUGCCAAAUGAUGAAGAUCUACCAUCAGCUGAGGAGCUGGAGGACUGGAUAGAUGAUGUUCUCUCAGGAAAGGUCAACACUGAGGAUGAUGAUGAUGACAGUACUGGCGACAGUAGCAACGAGGAUGACCAUUAUGGUGAUUAAUCUGUGUAAAAAUUAUAACUAUAGAACAUCUGAAGUGUGGUUACUGAUCAGAGAUUGUAAAACUAGCCAUUUUUAUUAAUAUAUCUAAUAGUGUUUAAUUAGUAAAAAAAAAGUUUAUUUUACAAGUCUUCAUUGUAUAAAAACACAACACAUGCUUAUAUUUGGUGCUGCUUGUUCAUCAAAUGACUGGAACUGAAUUAUGGCUAAUAAAAAAAUAGU